AAGAGGAUGUUGAAAUUGUUCGAUUUAAUCCAUUAUCAGCUCUUGAUAUAGAUGAAGAAAUUGCAUCUGUGUUGUCCUUAAAGAAAGGAAAAGAAAAUAAAAGAGACAGUCAAAAAUUGUCUCAGUUACUAUUAAAAGAUUAUGAGUGGGAUUUGUUAAAAAGAAUUAUAAAUGCAUUAAAACCAUUUGAGUAUGCAACUAAAUUCUUUUCAGGAAGCAAGUAUCCUACUCUUUUGCUAAUGUAUCCUAUUAUUCGUGAAUUACAAAAUAAAUUUAUAGAUAUGAGUUUAGAAUUAA